AUGAUUUGCUGUUGCCCAGACAACAGAGCCGAUUUACCUACCUUCGAAGAUGACAACGUGCUCUGUCCAGAUGUGAUCGGCGCCGAUAUCACAAUCGCCGCCGACGUCGACACAGAGGAACGGGAGGUCCAUCUGGAUAAUUUUCAUCUGAUGAACAACCUGGAUCAUCAGUUUUGGACCUUAUUGAAGACAGAAUUUGAAAGUAACGCCGUUUGGUACGAUAUGAAACGAAAAAAUACAAGAACUGUUGAGAUGUUUAUGUAAGAUAACUGAGGAGAAACAUACAGGAGAAUCUUUUGAAAAAAUAUCAAUAAUAUGGGAUUUUGUGAAACCAG